AAACCCAGCACCUUCUCCUUGCCUCCCAAGAUCUUGUUGUCGCAUGCGUUCUCGGCUGUUUUUAUGUUUUUCUGCACUAGCUCUGCUCUCAAAUUCCGUUCUAGCAUCUUCGGGAGAUCGUGCAAAUGAUUUUCAACGGUGUGCUGCACGAUGCGAAUCUCAGACCUGCGCGUCUGAUAUCGACCACACCAUCUCUUUCCUCGAUGCACUCACUCACUGGACAUGUGCCGACCAAUGCAAAUACCAGUGUAUGCACACCAUUACUGAUUUUGCCAUCGAAACCGGCGUACCAGUACAGCAAUACUACGGAAAAUGGCCAUUCUGGCGCUUCUUAGGAAUGCAGGAGCCUGCGUCGGUGCUCUUUUCCCUUAUGAAUCUCUUGUUACACGUAUGGGGGCGAGCUGAGGUCCAGAGGGAUGUACCAGAUGGCCAUCCGAUGAAGAAAUAUUAUAUUUGGUGGUCGUACGUGAGCAGCAAUGCCUGGAUUUGGUCUGCAGUCCUCCACACCCGAGAUGUAUCGCUUACUGAGAAGCUGGAUUACUUCUCUGCAGCCCUGACAAUCCUGUACUCCCUCUACUUUUCCGUGAUCCGACUGUUCCAUUUAUACCCCAUCGACCCUCGAAAUCGACCUUUCUCCUCUUCGACUUUCGACACUAUCCAGAGACAAAAGCUCUAUUAUUUCUGGUCUGUUGCUUGUGUUUUCAUAUACCUUGGACACGUAUCAUAUCUCCUGAACCUCCCUCGGUUUGAUUAUACCUACAACAUCAUAUUCAACCUCGUCCUAGGCCUGAGUCAUAACUUUCUAUGGCUCACAUUCGCAUUUCCGUCGUCAUAUUCACUAUUCCGUCGAUUUACGUCCAAGCCCAAGUCUUACCGUCCCGCGUACGCCACGACCGCCGCAAAGGCGGUGGUCCUCACCACGGCGGCGACUUGUCUCGAGUUGUUCGAUUUUGCACCUUGGCAUCGUGUCGUCGAUGCUCACUCGUUAUGGCAUCUUGCAACUGUUCCGUUGGCAGUUAUAUGGUACGACUUUUUGAUACUUGAUGCCCGGGAUGCUGGAUGGAAGGGUAUCGGGGCAUAGUGCUGUAGGACUACAGUUGGUAUCGUUGGUAUCUCAUGGACAAUGUAAGGUGCACUCGCUUUCUUUAUGGCUU